AUGAAACAUUUGAGAUAUCUUGAUCUUAGUUGGAAUUGCAAGAUCAGGAGACUUCUAGAUUGGAUAGUUGAACUUUCGAAUUUGAAAACACUGGAUCUCACAAGGUGUGUUCGUCUUGUGAAAUUGCCUAGAGACAUUAAAAAAAUGAUCAACUUAAGGCAUCUCAUGUUGGAUGCGUACGUUAGAUUGACUGGAACGCCACGUGGAAUUGGUGAAUUGAAUGGUGUUCGUACAUUGAAUAGAUUUGUUUUGAGCGAAAGCAUUUGUUUGGGGAGGGGCGGUGGUGCUGGUCUUGGUGAGCUGGGGAGCCUUAAGGAAUUAAGGGGACAUUUAGAAAUUGAUAAGUUGAGGGAUGUGGUGUCAGAAUCAAAUGUUGGUACACCUCUCAAGGAAAAACAGCAUCUCCAUUCGUUGAAAUUGUGGUGGAAAUAUGGAGAAGAUGUAAAGGCAGUUGAUGAGGAAGAUAUUAUAAAGUCAAUGGAAGUAUUGCAACCCCAUUCAAAUCUAAAGCAGUUGCGCGUGGAGCAUUAUGGUGGUGUGAGGUUUGCGAGUUGGUUUUCUUCUCUCAUAAAUAUCGUUAAUCUCAGAUUGUAUUUAUGUGAGAGAUGCCAACAUCUUCCACCCUUGGAUCUUUUGCCUUCCCUUAAGUCUCUUGAGCUUUGGAAUUUGGGGAACUUGGAGUACAUAUUACUAUCAGAGAAUGAAAGCAGUAAUAGUAUGAGUGAUGAGAUGAUGAGGAUGUCAUUCUUUCCCUCCCUGGAAGAGCUCCGCAUACUUGGUUGCCCUGUUCUGAAGGGACAGUGGAGGGCGCACACUCAUAACAGUGCUUCUUCUUCUUCAUCAACGGAAAAUAUGUCGUUCCCUUCUUUUCUCUCUCUUUCUCAAUUGAUUAUCAGGGGUUGUCCUAAUCUAACUUCCAUGCCUCUGUAUCCAAAUGUGGAUGGAAUAGAACUCGUGAGGAGCAGCUGGAAGGUUGUUGAUUCCUUGUUUGUUAGAGGAGCAUCUGAUAUUACACAUGAUGUUGGUGUUGAUGUUUCUGCCUCUUCUUCCCCUCCUCUAUCCAAAUUAACAAGUCUGACACUUUGGGGAAUUGAGGAUUUGGCAUUUCUGCCAGAAGAAAUAAGCAAUCUCACAUCACUGCAUGAGCUUAUAAUUACACAAUGCUAUAAUUUGGCAUCACUACCAGAAGGGAUUCGUGGACUUCCCUGUUUAAAUACAUUGAAAAUUAAUUGGUGCCACAUGUUAAGCGAAAAAUGCAAGAAAGAAACAGGUGAAGACUUGCGCAACAUUGCUCACAUCUCACACAUUACUAUUAGAGACUAA